AUGAAAAGGAGAAGCAGAUCCACCCACUCGGUCAGGCCGACUCCGCCGUGGUGCUGUUGUAAUGAAGGGGCGAAGCAGAAGCAACAUUUUGAGAUUUUUCGGUUUGCACGAGAUGAUGAGUAUGGAGGCUGGAAAGACUAUAGUUUUCCUUCUAUUCUCUGUUUAAAUUUGGUGUCCAUUCUAUCUAUUGCUGCCGGCCCACCGACGUGUCCUGCAGAUGAAUGGAAAGGGGAGUUCUUCCCAGGCAUUCCCAAGAUUAAGUAUGAGGCAAGGUUUAUGGAAGCUGCUGUUGCCUAUAAGAAGAAGAUUGGAUUCAAUGGUAUGAUUGGGAUGCUGCAACGGCAGCUAACUUUCUGCAUAAAUAUGAACAUUGAGUGUAACCAUGCAACUCUUGACGGUCAUAGUUGUCAUCAUGAGCUCGAGACUGCAAGAAUUAAUGGUCUACUCGGAAACAUUGACGCAAAUACUGGUGACCCCCAAAUCGCCCGUGGACUCCGAAAUGCUGCCAAGCUGAUUGCGGACGGUUCUUUGCCUGAGCUUGUCCGCAAGAGAUAUGAAAGUUUUGACAGAGAAAUUAGAGCCCAAAUUGAGGCUGGGAAGGCUGAUUUUGAUAUGCUUGAGAAGAAGGCCAUGGAGUGGGGAGAACCUAAAGUUUCUUCUGCUAAGCAGGCAUCGAGCAACUGCAUCAUGAGUUCAGUUUGGACAUUUUCUGGUCAAAGUUGUUUCUUAGUCGUAAUAAUUACUUCAAAUUUAGCUUGCUGGUUUUUCUUUGUAGAGUCGAAUGCACUAGUUAAGGUUUCUUAG